UAUCCAGCACACAGGGCUGAGAGACGGAUAUGGAUCCGUAGCCCUCGCUGUUGUCCGUCUGUGUUUCGUUUCCCGGGUCUCUUGUUCUCUCGGAGCGCGCUCAUCGGGUCGUGCGCGUUUCAUCUGAAUGGGAGUUUAAACGCACGGCGGCGGGAAACAAUAGCGAGCUCGGUCCGGCGCAAAGGGAGCAAGCUGGAGACGCGGCGGGGAUGCACGGGCACAAUAGGAGCGACCAAACUCUUCUGCAUGUGGAAGACAGUGUUGCAAUAACAUUUUCCGUCAGACAAAUAAGCCUCGCAGCGGGAAGCCUGAAACUGAAGCAGUUUUUUUGUCAAGCACAUUUUAGCGUGUCCGCGGUGACAGGAUUCGCACCGGACAGGAUUUAGGCUUUUCUGGAUGUUGUGAACGCGCAGACACAAGCCACACAGGAAAAACUAAAGGAGAAUUUACUUGACUUGUCCGGCCAACUCACUACAUGACUUGAAGAUUAUUUUGCGCUAUUGUUUUUAUUAUUAUGUACUCAGCUGUUUCCCACGGUGGGUGAUACAACCUUAGAUGUGAAUUCAUUUGGAUUUGAUUACCAGAGAAUGUACUUGCUUGAUGGUAGGUAUCCGGAAAGGAUGGAGCGGGGUACGCCACAAAGGAAAACCGUUUACCGGAUCUCUUUGACAUUAGUGAAGAAGGAGAAUCUGCAGGACGGCGGAGGGUCGGUGCACCGGCGCCUCGAGAAUCCGAAAGUGAGCGCGUACCGGCGGGAGGGAUCCUGUGAGGUUCAGCGUACCUACCCGCUGGGUGAACUAAAAGAAGUGGAGGACGAAACGGACGAAUUUAACACGCAUUCAUACAUGAGGAAUUUUAGAACAUUUAGCACUGGACAUCUGGAGCUGGGGAGGUUUAAAAUAUCAAAGAGGGCACAGCCUUCACAGAAAAGCAGGGAAUUAAGUGAAACAUGCAUUUUGGCAGAACAAGUUCAGAAGGGCAGUGAAAAUAGGGCACCAAUGCACAAAAAUAAUGUGCAGGCACAGAAAAUAGCUGAAAAUGAUGUUAAACGUACAGAAAUCACAACUGCUGGUAAUGGGGAAAACACAUGCAUUGUGAAAAAAAUUCUCAAGACCUCCAGAAGCACAGAGGAACCAGUCUGUAUAUGGUCAGAUGAGACCCAGGCCUCAGAGGAAGCACAAGACUUGCAGAAGUGUGUCAGGACAGCCAAAGAGAGCUGCAUUUCCUCAUUGCUGGCUAAAGGCAAUGGGAAAUCGCCCAAGCCGGCACCUGAAACCCCACCAGCAAAGAGGCAUCCAAGCCUGCUGCGACGAAGUUUUAGCUUUCGCCACUGGACUGGUGGCGAGUUGAUUCGUAUACGGGCUCUCUCCAAGGAGAAACAUCACAGCAGCUCGGGCUGCAUUGGUCACGAUGGAGAACAAAACCAGGACCAGACCGGCAUGGUUCUGCAAAAUCCAGCUUUUGAGUCCGAGUCUGCUGAGAAGCACAACACGUUGGAUAUAACUGAGGUCCUCUGCAAAACGGACUCCAUGACGGAGCUGGGGCGCAAAGAUAGGGCCAAGGGCAAAAACCGCACACUGGACAACAGCGACCUGCUCAAGCUGACAGAGAAGUCUUUAGUGGAAAAAGAGGGUUUUAUCAGAGGGACAGGCUUUCGUUCUAGCGGACAGGAGCGUAAACUCAUUCGGUUUUUCAGUGGGAUUUUCUCAAAGCGAGACGGGACAUCCACACCGUUGAGCAGCCCCAGCAACCGGGCACUGCGAAAGAACGGCCUGCUCGGAUCUCAGCGGAGAUCUGAAACCGGCAUUUCACAGUCAAGCACGGAGAGCGUUAACGGAUGCCCACCAGACGAUGCAUUCGUCAACAGUCAAGAGUGGACACUCAGUCGCUCAGUACCAGAGCUCAAAGUGGGCAUUGUGGGUAACUUGGCGAGUGGGAAGUCUGCACUUGUGCACAGGUAUCUGACGGGGACGUAUGUGCAGGAAGAGAGUCCUGAAGCUGACGUGGAUGCAGGGGGACGCUUCAAAAAGGAGAUUGUAGUUGAUGGACAAAGUUACCUUCUCCUGAUCAGGGAUGAAGGGGGACCUCCGGAGGCUCAGUUUGCAUUGUGGGUGGAUGCGGUGAUUUUCGUCUUCAGUCUGGAGGAUGAGAUCAGCUUUCAGACUGUUUAUCAUUACUAUAGCCGUAUGGCCAACUACCGCAACACAGCAGAAGUGCCCCUGGUGCUAGUGGGAACUCAGGAUGCUAUUAGUGCAGCUAAUCCUCGUGUCAUCGAUGAUACACGUGCUCGAAAACUGUCCAAUGACCUCAAGAGGUGCACCUAUUAUGAGACCUGUGCCACCUAUGGCCUCAACGUGGAACGUGUCUUCCAGGACGUGGCUCAGAAAAUAGUUGCAAGUCGAAAGAAACAGCAACUCUCAAUUGGACCCUGUAAGUCACUACCCAACUCGCCAAGCCACUCUUCUGUUUGUGCAGCACCUGUGUCUGCAGUGCAUAUUAGCCAGACAAGUAACGGCGGAGGAAGUCUGAGUGAUUACUCAUCCUCCGUACCCUCCACUCCCAGUACCAGUCAGAAGGAACUUCGAAUUGAUGUGCCCCAAACUGCCAACACACCUACGCCCGUCCGCAAACAGUCCAAACGACGCUCCAACCUCUUUACGUCUCGAAAGGCAAGCGAACCAGACAGGGAGAAGAAAGGAAUGGAUGGUCGCGCAGACAGCAUUGGAAGUGGCCGCGCUAUCCCAAUUAAACAGGGCAUGUUGCUAAAAAGAAGCGGCAAGUCGCUGAACAAAGAAUGGAAGAAAAAAUAUGUCACACUUUGUGACAACGGAGUCCUCACCUAUCAUCCCAGUCUGCAUGAUUACAUGCAGAAUGUUCAUGGAAAAGAGAUUGACCUGCUUCGCACUACAGUAAAGGUUCCAGGGAAGAGGCCCCCGAGGGCCAUAUCCACGUGUGCGGCCCCCAGUCCCAAAACUAAUGGGCUGACGAAGGACAUGAGCAACAUGCAGCUUGGACAGACACCAGGCUCUGUGACCAGCAGUUCUUCUGUGUCUCAGAUGGCGAGCGGCAUCAGUCUGGUGUCGUUUAACAGUCGGCCCGAUGGGAUGCACCAGCGCUCGUAUUCAGUGUCCAGCGCUGACCAGUGGAGCGAAGCCACAGUUAUCGCCAACUCCGGAAUCAGCACAGAUACUGGUCUGGGAGAUUCCGUGUGCUCCAGUCCUAGUAUAUCCAGCACCACCAGUCCAAAGAUGGACCCGCCGCCGUCGCCGCAUGCCAACAGAAAAAAGCACAGGAGGAAGAAAAGUACCAGCAACUUCAAGGUGGAUGGCUUCUCUGGUACUGCUGAAGAACAAGAGGACAACUUUGAAUUCAUUAUCGUGUCUCUGACGGGACAGACAUGGAAUUUUGAGGCAACGUCUUAUGAAGAGCGAGACGCGUGGGUGCAGGCCAUUGAAAGCCAGAUUCUUGCGAGCCUGCAGUCCUGUGAGAGCAGCAAACAGAAGUCUCGUCUGAGCAGCCAAUCGGAAGCCAUUGCACUGCAAUCGGUCAGGAACAUGAGAGGAAAUACUCGUUGUGUGGACUGUGAAGCCCAGAACCCUGACUGGGCCAGUCUAAACCUGGGGGCUCUGAUAUGUAUAGAAUGUUCAGGCAUUCACCGUAACCUGGGGACACAUCUGUCCCGCGUCCGCUCUUUGGACCUGGACGAGUGGCCUCUGGAGCUCAUCAAGGUCAUGUCAGCUAUUGGAAAUGAGCUGGCCAAUAGCGUGUGGGAGGCCAAUGCUCAAGGACGCCUAAAGCCCGCCCCUGAUGCCAGCAGAGAGGAGCGCGAACGCUGGAUCAGGGCCAAGUACGAGCAGAAGUUGUUUUUGGCGUCGUUGACAUGCACAGAACUGACUCUGGGACAGCAAUUACUGCGGGCCACCGCCGAUGAAGACCUCCGAUUCGUGGUAAUUCUAUUGGCCCAUGGCUCCAGAGAUGAGGUCAACGAAUCAUGCGGCGAAGGUGAUGGCCGGACAGCCCUGCACCUGGCCUGCCGCAAGGGAAAUGUGGUGAUCACACAACUACUUGUAUGGUACGGGGUGGACAUCAUGGCGCGGGAUGCCCACGGCAACACAGCGCUGGCGUACGCGCGACAGGCUAACAGCCAGGAAUGCAUGGACGUCCUCCUCCAGUAUGGCUGUCCGGACGAGCGUUACCCACUUAUGGCCACGCCCAACCUUUCCCGCAGAAACAAUAAUCGCAAUAACAGCUGCAGCAGCAUUAACAACGUAGUUAUAUGAGACAUAGAACACAUUCAUACGCACCCACACAUGCACAUAUGCACACGCAUUUCAGGACAACACUCCUUCAACCUCACUUAACAUACGCCUUCCUAUGUACAUCAGAAUCAUAAGAAGAAUAUACCAGACUCAAGGGAAUGACUGAUGAUAAAAAAGAUGAUGAAGCAUGAGCAGAGCCACUGCGUUUGCACCCACAGCCCUUCUUGCCGCUUGUGAAACGGACAGCACCGUGACUUUGCAAACCCCAUUGUUUAAAAACUGGAUGGCGAGGGCUUGGCCAGUCACGUGGGUCACAUCGUCACCUGACUUUAUUUGAGGCCGGUGUCCAACAACUCCAGAGUCUGCUUUUUGACCGCGUCUGUUACUGCUAAGUACAUGAUGGGAGAUUAAUGUAUGGAUCAGUUAACCAAUGUUCAGGUGAUGCAUCGAUCCAAUGGGCACGUUUAUGAAGACAGGUAAUGAUGGGGACACUUACUCAAACACUGGGCUUAAAAUACUACCCAGAACUUCACUGUGUAUGUGGUCACACUGAUUUUCACUUAAAAACAUUGACAUCGGCCUUUCUGUCUGAAGAUUAUGCUUUCUCUCUCUCUUUCUACUUAAUCUCUCUAUUUCUUUCUCUCUCACACAAACACUUUUCUAAGUCAGUCAUUUAGGUCAUUAUGUUUACUUUGUUUUAUAUUUUUCUUUUUUUUUAAGAAAUGUGAAAAUCUGUUUGGUGAUGUUUGGAAAAUAGCCAGAAUCAUCAGCAUCUAUCUUUUUCUUUUAAACUUUCAGUAAAAACAUUGCAGAGUUGAGUUUAUUUUGUUGUUCCUUGCUGGACCAACAGGAGAUCCUUAAAGUUUUUCAGAAGUAAAGGGAAUCACAAUUUCAUUUCAGAGAUUGGAUGUAUUUUAUUUAUUUCGAUGUAUACCAGCUUGCCCAUCCGUGAUGUUCCUGAAUCCUAAAUGAAAGGUCAUCGGGCUGCUUCUGACAUUAUUACGUCAUCAUUUUAGGUCCAUGUGAAGUAUGCGGGCAUAGACGUGUGUUUGUGUGUGUUAGGAAUUCAUACUGAUUUUAAAUCUAUUAAUCAGGACUGAAUCUUUUGAUCCGCGCAUUUACUUUAUUAUCAAGCCAGUUUUAACCGUUAGGGUAUCAAAACCUUUCUAAGCACAGAAUAUCAAUGAUACAGUGACUGAACUCUUAUUUUGUAAUACGUGGCCGUUGCUUUCAAAGAGUGAUGUUUCUCUCUCAGGUUUUGUUACCUGUUGCUGUUCACACACUUUACACUUCACUCGAUUCUGUUUCUGAGUCCUGAUCCUCAUAUACAGCCUCAGUGAACAGAAGGGCUCUCUGGGUCUACAAUCUCUAUUUGUGUACAUACAUACUCUGCUUUUCACAUCCGACUACAUUUUUUGUCUGUUAAAAGCAUAUUAGUAGUAUUUAAAGACAACACUCCCACUAACAAAACCAUUAUUUUUUUUACCCAACCUCGCCUUCAAAUGCAGAUUAAGGUUUGUGAUAAAGUUGCAAGUGCUCCUGUUUUAGUCAAGUUCAAGUUCAUCCUCUGUGUCUUCAACAUUCACUUUCACAAUUAUUAAACAUUUUCUUCUUAAUCCUAAUUUUCUUCCUUUUUUAUCUUUAUUGUGCGUCAAUGAUAUGAGUAUUAAAGCAAUACGAAACCAAAUUUUAGCCAGGUAGACACGCAAGUAAUAAUUUCCCGCCACGUUCGUGCACAUCACCCUGGCGGACUGAGCUGCUGUUGUUAUUGAGAGACGUAAAGCCGAUGCAAGACUCAGGGGUCUCAGGGCGUAUAUCAUUACAAAAGAACCCAUUCAGGGUUCGAUAUUGGCGUACUCCAAAAUAUUUGUUUUUCCUCCCAUUGGUUUUAGAAAUAAUGUGAAGGUACUUGGCUUAGAGUUUGUGAUAUGUAAAGGUUUUAAAUGUGAGGCUUGUAAGGUUUUGCUUUACAAAUUACCUUGAAAGUUGAGUUGGUGUUUAGGAAUGUUGUGUGUGAAGACUCUUAAAUAGGCCGAGACCUUGCUGGAAAGCGGUGAGAGUUGGAUAUAUUUACUGUAGUAAAGGACAGGUCCCAUGAUAAGAGACAGACAGGUUUGGUGUAUAGUUGAUUUUCAGCUCGAAAAGUUGCAUAGUUUUUGCCUUGUAUAUAUCGUAGCCAGCCUUUAAAGGGCUUUACCACAAUAACCAUUAUUUAUGACUAAAUGCACUACAGAACACAGAUCUUGUAAAGAACCCACAAUAUAAUGUCCACUUAUUGUUUCUGUGGAAAGAGUUAAUUUUUUGUUUUGCAUGAACGGAUGUAAAUGUUUCCUUCCUGUGUAAAUGUCUUCGUCUUCAUAAAAUGACUGCAUCCUGACAGGUGACACAUAGCGAGUCUGCCAUUUUAAAGCCAAGUUUUUUUACAAACUUGAACCUCUCCCCUUUUCUUUGUAAUCUAACACUUUAAGCAGAACUGCUCUGUUUUUGUCAUGUAGUCCACAAGCCACUCGCAUGAAGGAGCAAAAGAGACACAUCUGACUACGGUAAUGCCGUGACGGCACCAAAGGAUCAAAUCCACCAUGUGCUCUAACAACACAUGACUUGUGGGAUUUAUCAGGACGUUCCAAGUUGCUUGAAUUCAUCCUUGUUUUACUCAAAUAUUCAUUCACCAGUCUUAGCUUUUGCGUUUUUGUAAAUAGAUGUAAAAAAUCAAGGAACACGUAGUAAUAUGUUUGUUUUGUUUACUUUGUUUGUGUUUGUUACCUCAUUUCAUCGACAGUAUCCUUGAUGCGUUCAAGACCGAGAGACCCGUUUAAUUAUUUAUGAAUGAAUAUGUUAAUCUGAAAGGGGAGGGGCUCUCUCACACUACUUGGGUUUUGUAUUUGUUCUUUCCUUCAGUCCAUUGGCAUCACGACUAUCUAUCAUUAUUAGAAUUAUCGGUGUUGUAUUUCUAAUUAUUAUUGUUAUUAUAUUAAGUUUGUGUCUGCUGUACAGUACUGUGUUGAAAAAUUAUACCUGAUGCAGAGUCUUAUACUGUAAUGUGUCUCUUUUCAAUAAAAAAUGCUUCUUAAUA